ACGACCGUUAAUUUACCCGUUCACGUCUGAGCGCGCGGUCCGUGUUCAGAUGUACGGCUGAGUAUUGGUGCUAACGAACGACGAGAACUAUUAUAUACCCGUGUAAUGCCAAUAUAAUAUUGUAAUAAUAAUAAAUUCAUGUUUUCUCCCAGUGCGCGUCUCAGUAUCCGCGGACCGGAUAUAACAAACGACCGUAUUUCCGGGCAGUUUUUUGUUUUGAUAUUUUAAUUUUGUAUAACGAACGGAUUACACAUUGACCAAUCGCAUAUCAACAUCGAAGAUCAUCGAUUUACCGCUCCUGCGGCGGCAGUGCCAUGCGACCGGACUGGUCAUCGACGGCGCUCCGUGUGACAUUGUUCGUGACGUUGAUUCUUGACAACGCGUGCACGUCGAAAAGAGAAAAGCGUCAGCUGUUCCGUGAGAAUGUGUUGCCAUACUUUGGUGGUAAAAUACCAGAUUCUGCGUUUCAUGCAGACCGCUUGGCACUAAAUAUGCUGAACAAAGAAGGAAUAUCUGUACCCGAUGGUAUUCUUUUCGAAUCCAGACCAAAAGAGUCGUUCCACCAAAGUCAACGGAACGAUCCAGAACUACUCAACUCGGUAGUCAAAAUGAUCCAUACGCCGGAUGGCAGGUUUAUACCUUCAGAAGGCCGGUAUGACGCUGAAAACGAAGUAGAGUCCACGUACAGAAUAUUAAUACCCUCAAAUAUACAAAAUUAUCAUCUACCGAGGUUUAGGCCGGUACCAGAAACGCUACAGCUGUCUGUUCAGCAUGUAUUUGAGAGCGGCCGGUUGUCAAUAUCACCCAUUAUGGGCAAAAUAGGUAUACCAUUAUACCCUAUAUUACAGAAUUGGAAUUUACGUGAUGACCACCGGCCAUACGUUGACCAAUUCAAUCACAAUGUCAAUCAAAUUAUAAAUGUCCAAUCGAACGUCGAAAACGUACAUAUGACGAGUUUUGUGUGUGAUAGAUCAGGAAAAAUGUAUCCAGAUCCAGAAACUCAAUGUCAGGUUUUUCACUUAUGCCAUUACAAUGGAUUCAGAGAGACAUUCGUUUGUCCGCAAGGAACCCGAUAUAAUCCAGCAUUGCAGGAAUGUAGACUUUGGUACUUGACUCCCUGUCUGGAUAUGCGCAGGCCUUAUUAAGGUUUAUUAUUAAGUCAAUUGUCGAUAUGAAAAUAAUUUAUUAAAAUUGUUUUCAACUUAAACUCUCAUAGAAGUCUGCGAAUAAUAUUCUUAAAUGCAUCUAUUGUAUCAGAUAAUAUUAUUUUACAAGUACAAUUUAUUAAUUGAAUACGUAUUGUUUGAUCCAAACAAAAAUAGAUCUAAGUAAUUAUGUGUCAGAAGCCACAAAUUGUCUAACAAAUAGUAAUACAGUUUGAUAUCAGUUGUUUGUGUGGUAUUGAUUACAAAUUAUAUUAAUAUUUACUAAAAUACAAAAGUACUUUUUGUUUA